AUGGCUAUUGCAAAUACUGUUGUUGAUCACUUCAACACAAUUGAAGAUGAAGUUUUUGUGCAUAAUAUGAAUGAUUCCAUUCUAGCACAUACUUUGACAAAUUCUUUUUCCAUUAUAAUGAAGUGGUUAUCAAUCCCUGGUUCUAUGGCCAUAUAUAACAAGACAAUGAAGAUUGUAACAUUUAAGAUGGAAUUGAAAGGCGAUAAAAGAUUGAAUAAGAAGCAGUUUGCCCAAAUUCUUCAAUUAUCUUCAGAAGGAUCAUUUGAAGUUCCUAUGAAUGAUCAAGUACUUCAAGUGUUUAAUUGGAGUCAUGUUUUUAAAACCAAACUUGCUCCUAUUCCAGAUUUGAAUCUUCGAUUACCUACCAAUGCUCCACGCCUGUCUACAUACGUGUCACAAAGGGGAGAUGAGGGGGUGGUUCAUCGAAAGAUAGUGGAGAAGAUAAAGGAAAAGUAG